CUCACCCCAUAAACACAUAUAUAUAUACAAAAUAUAUAUCUAGUAAAAAUAUAAAAUCGAUAAGCUUUCCAAUAUUAUUCUCCAUGGCCAUUGCUAAGAUGAUUCUUCUGAAACUCACAUACGGUGUUUCUUUUCGGAUUCUUGGUCUGAUCUUCGUAAUGUCAAGAACGAUAAAGCGAGUUUUGUUGGGUUCAUUCAUCUUCAUUCUUGCUUCCGUUAGUGUUGUGGUAGCCUCCAUUGUAGGAGCCAUCGAAGGUCACACCACUGACAUCGGAUUCCUUCAAGGUGGUUUGCUAGGAGUCGUGGCUGGAGUUAUCACCGCGGUCCAACUCUUUGGACCAGUGUUACAUAGUGAUCAACCUUUGGCUAAGGUGGCUUUACUUAGGAGGGUAGUGAAUGGGAAAGCCAUCAUGGGUUUGGUUAGACCGUUUGUUCUCAAAGCAUAUCAAUGGCAAAUAAUAGCAUUGGACACAAGUUACAUGGAGAGUUCGGACUUGUACGAUUUCAACCAAGAAAGAAAAGGGUUAUCAAAGAGCUCUAUUCAGAACAUCCCAAUGUUUUACAACCAUUCAGAUCAUCAAACAAAAUCGAGUUGUCCGAUUUGCUUACAGGAUUGGGAAGAAGGGGAAGUAGGAAGAAAGCUAGAGAGAUGUGGCCACACGUUCCAUAUGAUUUGCAUAGAUGAGUGGUUGCUUAAGCAAGAGACUUGCCCCAUUUGUAGAGACCAUCUUUCAUAAUAACACACUUCUUCUACAUAUAUAUUCCAUCUUCAUUUUCUUUUUUUCUUAUAACCAAACAUGUAAUUUUAUUCCCCUAAGCUUUUCCCAUGGGAGAACAUUGUAAAAAAGAAAAGUGAAUAAAAUGACAUGUUGUGUAGUCUUGUAGAUAAA